ACCUUCACCUUAAACUCACAUAACAGACUGAUUCAGUUACUGUAAAUGCCUCAUGUGUAGCUGAUGGUAGACACUGGACAAAUGUAUUGGGAUAAAGUUUCACAUGCGCUAAGGUUCUGAUGUUCCUGUGUAGAUAAGGAGAUAAGAUGCUGCACAGGUUUAAAGUGUGCCUGAUCCUGGUCCUGGCUCUGGUUUUGUUUCUGUUAAACCAGGCCUGUGAAGGUUCUUCUCUUGGGAUGACUGUCCAUGUUGUGCCACUCGACAGCAGUGGUGGAAACACAGUACGGGCUCAUUUUACUGCUAUCACGUCCAGUCCAUGUCCAGAUCUGUCUGGACUGUGCAGUGAGCAGGAGGACUGUCUCCUCCACAGUACACCCUUACCCUUCAUCGGCUCCAAACCCUCACCCUGGUGUGUCCGUCAGUGGCAGGAAACUGUCCCCAGUGACUACACAGGCUCCAUCAGUUUGGGGGUGAACACAGACAUUUAUGUGUCACUGAAAGCAGAACCAACAGUUAGAGGAAACAAUGGGAGACUCAACCAGCCUGUGUAUGUUGCCCUUCCUCCUCCGCUCAGGGCCCGUGUGAACUGCCCACACCACAUUCACCUGUCAGUCAAGGACCUGGAUGGGGACAGGGUACGAUGCCGCUUUGCACAGGCACAACACAAAGAGUGUGUUGACUGCACCCAGCUUUCCUUCAUUCAGCUGGAUGAGGAAAAGUGUAUGUUGACAUUCACUGGAGAAGCCUCAGCAGGACAGUACUCCAUCUACCUGAUGGCUGAGGACUGGAUUCCUGGGCCUCGUAUCAGCUACAUGCUUGACACUUCACCACUCAGCUCUGUCCCUGUGCACCUCUCCCUCACGGUGGAAGAGUCAGAUUCAAGCUGCAGUGAUGAACCUGUGGCAUCAGUUGGGACACCAGAGGAGGACACUACACUGUUUGUCCUGCCAUUCCAGGAGGUGGCCUUUAAAGUCUACUUUAUGUCCGAGCAGGAGAGUGUUUUGGAGAUCCCAGUGGUUGGUCCUCCAGGGCUUUACAGAGACGGCUUCAUAUCCAUGGGCUACUUGUCUACAAUGUCCAUGGCCUGGGUUCGAUCAGAUAACAAACUGACCCGUCUUUUGCCCAUCUGUUUUGCUGCGAACACCAAAAGUUUGCAGUCUGAGCCACGAUGUGUGUGGCUGUACCAAAGGGAAAUAAGUGCAGUACCUGCUGGAACAGAACUGGAGUGUGGGGCCACAGAGAUGACCCUCGUUCUUCCUGUUUCCUCCCUGAAAAACGUCGACCUGGAUGAACUUCAGCUCAACAGCCCCACCUGUCCUGUCACCUACAACAGCACACACUUAACUGCCCACAUCCCCCUGGACGGCUGUGGCACCAAGGCUGUGCAUGCAGGCUCAGAACUGAUUUACACCAACGUCUUGCAGAGUGUGCGUCCCUACACCAUGGUCAGUCGUCAGCCUUUGUUCUUUCUCCCUGUAGCAUGUCGAAUACCCAGCACCCAGCUGCAAGGACUUAACUACAAUGUCCAAAUGCCCAAAGAGAACCAGAUCUUUGGUGAGGUUGGCUUCAAACUAAAGUUUUACUUGCCAGGAAAAGGCCCCAUGGCAAAAUACACAGAGAGCGCCCAACUGCGUUCCAUGGACAAAUCUUUCCGAAGAAUGAGACGAGAUUUGGAAUCAGUGUUAUCAUUAAACGACACCUUUCCAGGUGCCACUCACAGUGAUGCCAUUGGAUCAAGGAUCAACCAGCUUGACCUUCAUGUCUUCUCCAACUGCACCAUCAGUCGAGCUGAGCUGAUAGUUAGUCAGUGUCUCAAUUCUGAGACAGAGGACUUUGCAGAAUCCACACCCAUCCUUCAACAAGGGUGUGCAUCCUCAAACAGCACAUUAGAGGUUAUUACACCAGACAAAAACACCAAGAUUUAUCGCCUUGAUCUGAGUACUAUGAAGACCAACAUCUCAGAGAUGUACGUCCAGUGCACAGUUAAUUUGUGCAUCGCCAGUUUGCCUUCCCAUAGUUGCCCUGAUCUGUGCUCCAGCAACAUUGACAGCAGAACAAGUAUAGUAAACAGUGUGUUCACCAAAUCCUACAAGGUCACAUCAGAACCUGUCAGUCUUGUGUACACCACACCGGCACCAUCAACUGCAACUUCUAUUACUCAAAGAAAUGGUCCCAUAAAGGAGCAGGAUGUACCAACGACAACAGUUGUCACAGCUUCUACCAUAAAAGUUUCUGGGGUUCCAAAACUGGCCUCAUCUACGACAAUGGCAGUGAUUUUAACAACUAUCAGCAUCUUUCUUCAUUAAAGUUUUCUGUAAUGAACAGUUACACAAUAAACCUGUUAAAUAAAAAGGU